AUGAGCAUUGCUCCUAAAAUAAUGCUCUCCAACGAUUCGGACUACUAUCCGUUCGAAUCGUUAACGCUGGAACAAAUUGUGAGUGGCGAUGGUAAACCAAUGAUGCCAGCGCCGAAUUUUUCGUUUUUCGACUUGGACACCAACUUCUCCUACAUUGUAUCAAUGAAAUUCAAGCGCACCGGCGGACAGACGAGGCGCGACAUUUUCGCAGUGUUGUUUUCCAAUUUUACGACGAUUUUUCAGGUUCAAAUGGUGUGCGGCGAGCAAUAAUUGGAGAGAAAUCGAAUCGGAACUCGACGAAGCGGACGCGGAUCCGGUUGUCCAUAAAAGUGUGCGAACAGCCGAAGAACUGAUGAGGAAUGGAGUCGAGUUUUCGAUCAAACUGACCAAUAAUCCGAAAGCCAAGGACGAGAAUACGGUGGGGGGGCAUUCUGCAAAAAAGCGUACAUUCACAAUAUCACUUGCAGGUGCUCGUGCUCACCGGAUUCAAGUACGCGCCAAUUGUGUGUGUGACAAAAGUCGUGAAAAACGGAGAAUGGUAUCGGAAAGUGGCGAAAAACGAGUUUGUUUUCAAGGUUUUGGAGUUUUUACCAGUGACAUCUUACAAGGUACGAGCGAGCGAACUCUUAGGGACCAUAUCAGAGAUGUUGGGAAUUCCGUGUUCCGUGUUCCGUGUUCCGUGUUCCGCGUUUUUUUGCAAUAUUUCUUCCGUGUUCCGUGUUCCGUAUUCCGUGUUCCGUGUUCCGUGUUCCGCGUUUUUUUGCAAUAUUUUUUUUCCGUGUUCCGUGUUCCGUAAAAAUUUCCGUGUUCCGUGUUCCGUGUUCCGCGUUUUUUUGCAAUAUUUUUUCCGUGUUCCGUGUUCCGUAAAAAAAAAAUUUCCGUGUUCCGUGUUCCGUGUUCCGCGUUUUUUUGCAAUAUUUUUUCCGUGUUCCGUGUUCCGUGUUCCGUAGAAAUAAGCUUUUUCCCUUUUCCGUGUUCCGUGUUCCGUAAAAAAAAAAUGUUCCGUUUUCCGUGUUCCGUGUUCCGUAGAGUAAAAUUUUUAUUCCCAACAUCUCUGGACCAUAUCACCAGCCAGUUUCAUUUUUCAGAACGAACAAAUGGGAAAACUGAAAGGGAACAUGAACAAGUACACGCCUUGGACGAGAACCGGCAAAAAGCGGGUCCCAGUGGUCCCGUCUGUUCAGCCUUUGGACUAUGAUUCGCAGCGACAACCGGCGGGACCAUGGACCAUGGACCCAACUGGAUAUCCGCAAACGUAUCAAUCUACUGAAGCUCCCCAGCCGAUGCACCAUGAUUACUACUAUCCAAAUGCGAAUAUGACUUGGAAUUAUAGAUUUUGA